AUGACGACAUACCCUCACGAAGUACCUGCAAUCGCCGAAGAAAAGACCGGAUUCGACCUCAAUCUCCAGCAUGGCCACCAGGACCUCGUCCAGGCCGUCGCCUUCAACGCCUACGGCGACCGGUGCGCGACAGGGUCCGUAGACGGCAAGAUUAAGGUCUUUAAUCGGCACAAGGACGGCGUCUGGCACCACUGCGAUACCUGGGGUGCCCACGGCGGCGAGAUCCUCGAGCUCCAAUGGCUCCCCCCGACAGUCUACCCUAACCUCAUCGCCUCUCUCGGCAUAGAAGGCCGCUUCAAGCUGUGGGCGGAAGACCCGUCUGCAGCACCGGGUCGCCGAUUCAGCGCCAGCAGCCGCGCGACGACGAGCAAAGCCGCCUACGAAAUGCGCUCUCCCAAGUACCCCUACCGCUCCUUUUCCAUGAAGCACAACGAGGAGACGCGGCACACGUACCUCGCUCUGCUCUCCACCGAGGGCCGCCUGGUGGUGUACGAGAAUGAACAGCCCGAAAACAUGUCGGAAUACACACAAAUCGAUGAGCUGAGCAUAUGCCCCAAGCCGAGCCGCGGCGAGGAGAUCAGCUUCAAGGUCCGCUUCGACCCGAACCUGGACCCGUGCUACAACGCCCUGAGGGCGGGCGUGGCGAGCGACUCCUUGGGGCUGGUCGUGGCGGGCAUGUCGUCGGUCAAGAUUUAUCGCUCGAGGGAUGUCAUUGCGACUUCGUACGGCGUGGCGCAGACACAACGAGAGUUUUAUCUUGCCGUCGAGGUGGGCGUCCACCGCGGCCUCGUACGCGACGUGGCGUGGGCGACGGGCAACAUUCGAGGAUACGACACCAUCGCAACGGCGUGCCAGGACGGCUGCGUGCGCGUGUUCCGCAUUGACACGCCGCACUCGGCCGACGACGGCAAGACAUGGGCCACGACGGAGCUCACUAAGCACGAAAAUCACUAUGCGCAGGCAUCGGCAAAGGCCGGAGGGCAGACAAACGACAAGCAGCAGCAGCAUCAAUCGGGACUCAGCGCAAGCCUGGCAAAGUCUGGCUCGCAUGCGGAACGGCAUUUUUCGGGUCAACCGGGGCAGGUGAAGCACGUCUUUAAGGAAGUCGCCAAGCUCGACAGCCACCGCACACCCGUCUGGCGCGUCGGGUUUGACGAUGACGGACAGAUCCUGGCCAGCACUGGUGAUGAUGGGAAGCUUGUGUGCUACCGGCAGACGCCGAGCGGCACGUGGGCCAAGAGUUCCGAGUUGGCCAUGGUCAAGACGAGAAUGGCAACGGUUUGA